UCGGCCCUUCCUCAGCGGACACCACCGACGAGCAUCCAGUCUGCAAAAAAGAGUCGCCGGUUUGCCCACUCGGUCCGGAUUGCCGCUUUUCCCGAUCAGGCAGGCAGGCAGGCAGGCAGGAUGAGCGCGGCGGCGGUGGUCGACGGCUGCUUCCUGUCCGCCCUGCAGCCCAAUAACUCGUCCCGCACCGCCUACGCGCUGCCCUCGGACGGCCCGUGCUCGGACGCCGGGGCAAAAGCGCGGAGGGUCCGGGAGCAAGUUCGCCUGCGCUUGGCCGAAAAGAAGUCGCCGUCGAUGGGGAGACUAACGGACGACGACGCCCUGCUCGGACCGACAGUAUGCGAGUACAGUCUCCCCGCCGCGAGAAGCUUCAGCUCCAGAUCGAUGAUCCACACGCCGACCCGGAUCAUGUCGGUCCCCACAACGGCGACGGGGUCGCGCGGCUUCUCGUCUCGCUCUGCGGUGGAGACGUCGUCGGUGGUGCGCGCCAGCGUGGCGCAGAGCAGCUUCCAAAGCCGCAGCCGCCGCACCAAGUCACUGUGCCAGGCCGAGACGACGGAUCAGGGGGCGGUACCGCCUCCGCCCCUCUACGCCGGCGCCCUCCGGCGCACCCUCAGCGGCACGCUGGCCCCUCGGGGAUCGGGAGUGAGCUACUGGGCCGAAGAAGAACCCCCCGUCCACUUCUCAUACAAGGGCCCGUCGCACCGCACCAUCAGCCGCAUCGCCAACCGGCAGCAGCACGGCACUGUCUACAGCCAGGACGGUUGGGGGGGUGAAGCCUGUGGGGGUCAGCACGUUCCACAGUGGUACGUCCACCGCCCCGCGCGCACUCUGGCCUACCACGCCUCGACACAGCACGCUGCUGCCGCCGCGCAAAGGGCAGCGUCCCUUCACCGGGCCGCAUCCCUGCGGAGCGUCAGGAGCGUGGGAAAAGGAUUGGAUGUCCUGGAUGGAGCGUCCGUUCACAGCAACGACCGCCUAGGAGGGAUGCAAGGUCUAGACCUGCACACUGCCGUCAGGUAUCUGUCCGAACCCGACUCGGCGUUGCAGAUUCUGGGCGCCGCCUACAUUCAACACCAGUGCUACCAUAGCAACGACUGCAAAAACCAGGUCCGCCUUCUCCAUGGCAUCCCCCUUCUGGUCGAGCUUUUCUCAAGCGACAACCUGGAGGUGCAGCGCUUUGCCACAGGCGCCACGCGCAACCUAAUUUACGAGAACGCCGACAACAAGGUGACGCUCAUCGACGCCGGCGGGGUGGCGCGACUGGUCGCCGUCUUGGGAGAACCGGAUGAGGAGCUGCGGAAGAACAUCACAGGAGUGCUGUGGAAUCUGUCGUCCCGGGACAACCUGAAGGAGAAGCUGUGCAGGGAAGCUUUGUCGGAACUCAGCAGCAAGGUUUUGAUCCCUCUCUGUGCCAGCGUCCCCCUCAGUCCAUCCGAGAAGGACAUCUUCAACAACACCACCGGAUGCCUCAGAAAUUUGAGUUCGGUGAACCAGAGGACCCGAGAGAAGAUGCGGGACACCUCGGGUCUGGUGGACUCGCUGGUGUCUUACAUCAAGCAGGAAGUCAGCGCUGACGACAAGGGUUUGGAGAACUCUGUAUGCGUGCUGAGGAAUCUCUCCUACCAGCUGUACUCUGAACUGCCACACUCGGUGCGACUCCGCCUGGAGGGUCCCACCAGAGGCUCCGCCCCCAGGGACGCCGAGGCCAUCGGCUGCUUCACCAUGUACAGCAAGAAGAACGCAGAGCAUCAGCGCAACCAAAGUCUGGCCAUCCUGUCCGAGGUGUCGCGAGAACCGCAUGGCGCAGAGUGGCUCUGGCACCCGCGGGUGGUGACGCUGUACAAGCAGGUUCUCCAGAACGGAGGCGAUACCACCUCGGCCAGCAGGGAAGCGGCUAUCGGGGCGUUGCAGAACCUCACCGCCGGAGACGUCAGGUGGUCAUCGGUGUUGAGCGUAGUGGUCCUGGAGCAGGAGAGGAUGCUGCCCACCCUGCUAGACCUGCUGGACACCGACAACGAGGCUGAGCUGCGACCGCUCACCGCCCUGCUCAGGAACCUGGCCAGACACGCGCCAAACAAGGACCUCAUUGCCAAGAAUAUGGUGAACGUCCUGGUGUCCAAGCUGCCCGCGGACGGCCUUCAGAAGACGCCGUCAAGCGAGACGGUGGUCAACAUGUGCGGCGCCCUCAAUCACCUGGUCACCUGCAGCUCCCUGGCGGCCCGCGACAUCUCAUACUUCAACGGCUUACCCAAGCUGGUAGGCAUCAAGACGGCCCACGACAACAGCUCCGGAGGUCUUAAAGCUUCCAGAGCGGCGUCUACUGUCCUAUGCAACAUGUUCCAGUACAGUAAGCUGCACAAAGACUACAAACUGAAAGGAUUCGCCCGUCGAGAUUUUGCCGACGCCACCAUCUAAAAGACCGACUUCGGCAAAUAGAAAUUCGCCUAAAGUGGUCGACGCAAGAGGAACGCCUGGAGCUAAGCCAACGAGUUUCAAACUAAUCAUUAAACCGUUUUUACUACCACAGUACUCCCUAAACCAGGACUUGAUGCUAGUUUAUUCCAAAAGCCAUUUUCCUACAGAAAAGCCACAAAAUUCAUUUGAUGACUAACAAAAUGCUGCAGAGAAUUUUUUAGAUUUUAUCUAUAGGAGGAUCUUUGUGAAAUGAUACUUAUCCUAUUCACAUAAUUCACACAGACUUACAAACAAAAGUUAACAGCCAAUCUUUUAGGUAUGUAAUAUAUGUAAGUAUUCAAUUUUCUUUAUGCUAGAAAUUUUUUUUUCCCAAAAUAGAAUUUUAACCUUUUUUUUCUUAGGGAAUAUUUUUGUAAAUCAUUGUCCUCUUGCAAACUGUUUUUUCAAUUAAUUCAUCUACUCCAUUGACAGCGAUAGAAAUAUAAUUUAAAUGGUUCCCCAUGAAUAGCAGUGAAGUGGUUCAUCGUCCAAGUCGUCUAGUCCAAACGGAUUGGACGUCUAUCUCUGUCAACGGCAGGCGACAAGUUAGCUAGCUGGCGGUGAUGAAAGUGGUCAAUUCGAUGUCAAUUUGGUGGUUUAUGUAAUGUUGCUUCAUAAAGAUGUGUUGUCAGUGUCAUAAGAUGGCAGAAAGGGAAGUGAUGUGUUACUUAAGAUGAAACUGGAACAUAUUUGAUUAAUUGUAGCUAAUAAAGUAGUAGUCAAUCACUGAACGCACGAAUGAACUUCUCUGGUGUAAAAAUGCGUUCAGGACAGCUGGAAAAGUAAGAAAAAACAACUCAAGCUCAUAGGUUUGGCUUUUUUAAAAAUGUAUUUACUAGGGCUGUCAAAAUUAUUGCGUUAACGGGCGGUAAUUAAUUUUUUAAAAUUAAUCACGUUAAAAUAUUUGACGCAAUUAAUGCACAUGCCCCGCUCAAACAGAUUAAAAUGACAGCACAGUGCAAUGCCAACUUGUUACUUGUGUUUUUGGGAGUUUUGUCGCCCUCUGCUGGCGCUUGGGUGCGACUGAUUUUAUGGGCUUACGCACCCAUGAGCAUUGUGUAAUUAUUGACAUCAACAAUGGCGGGCUACUAGUUUAUUUUUUGAUUGAAAAUUUUACAAAUUUUAUUGAAACGAAAACAUUAAGAGGGGGUUUAAUAUAAAAUUUCUCUAACUUGUACUAACAUUUAUCUUUUAAGAACUACAAGUCUUUCUAUCCAUGGAUCGCUUUAACAGAAUGUUAAUAAUGUUAAUGCCAUCUUGUUGAUUUAUUGUUAUAAUAAACAAAUACAGUACUUAUGUACUGUUUGUUCAAGGGCGUAGGUUUGCUCUCAACAUUGGUAGGGACGAUAUAACAGCAUAAUCUGCAUGUACACUUUUUGCUGGGGACAGGACAUUAAUAAGACCAAACUGAUUGGGUGAAUGGGGGUCAGGGCUACAUUUCUCACGAAUAUCAACCUGAUUAAUUGAUAGGCUAAAUGAUCAAUGCAAAAUAAUUCUGUAUUGACUUAUGCUAACUUUCAUAUGUAUUGGUUCAGGUGAUAAACCGUUCGAUUCAAACCUUUGUUUUCAAAAACUACUAAAGAAAAAUUUGAAAACAUAAAUGUCUGUAUUUUAUGAGCAAAUUUAAAUGGCAAUAUUUGAACAUAACUUAAAUUACAUUAACAUACACAAUAAAUACAAACUUGUUAAUAACCUGUUAUCUAUCCAAGAAUGCACAAAAAUAAACAUUUGUCUUAAGACCAUUCAACAUUGUCCGUCUAAAUAAAUUAAUUAAAUAUAACUGAAAAAACUUUUUAGUCAGGGAAUAACGAAAAUAAAUAAAAAUGGAGCCUUCAUUCAGAUAAAACAUGACUGCUUUUGUUUACAAGCACAGCCAAAUUCAACAGAAAAUGAAAGCCCCUUUGGGCUGUUUUCAGCCCACGUAAAUAAAACAAAAAUGACGAUUGGGGAGAAGUGAGUUAACCUUGGUUCACUACAUUUCUCACAGUUUAAGGCGAAAACACAUAGAGGAGGACACUUCUCUCUAAGCAGCUUCCCACUCGAGUUUUUCAGGUUAGCACAUUCACACAAUUUAAUGUUAAGCUAACUCUGAUGCAGGUCGGAUUUUCAGUAGCAAAAUUUGUGGUGUGUUCCCAACCUCCACAACAUUGACGUCUUUUUACAUUACUUACAGUGGCUGCCGGCUAAAAAAAAAAAAACAUCUAAUAUCCCUCCUCUUUGAAGGGGGCGGAGGAGGCGGCAUGUUGUCAACAUGUUGUAUAAGUAACUGACCAAACAUGCGUUUGAGGGGAAAAAAUGGACUGGCACAUUCAGAAAGUGAAAAGGGGCAAAUGUAAGUCUGAACAUAAUGAAUAUAAUUCACUUAAUAAUGGUACGGUCAAUUCUAUCCUUACGGCAUAUGACAAUCUAAAUGACCUAUAUAAUUGAAGUCAUUAUAUAAUGCAAAUAAGAUUGUCUAAAAGUUGGUGGGGACAAUUUGAUCAUCCUAAAAAGUUAGUAGUGUUAUGUCCCUACCGUCCCCAUGCAAACCUACGCCCUUGCGUAUGUUGAAUGUAUAUACAGUAUCCAUCUUGUGUCUUAUCUUUCUAUUCCAACAAUAAUUUACAGAAAAAUAUGGCAUAUUUUAUAGAUGGUUUGAAUUGCGAUUAAUUGUGAUUAAUUACGAUGAAUUAAUUUUUAAGCUGUAAUUAACUCGAUUAAAAAUUUUGAUCGUUUGACAGCCCUAGUAUUUACCAAAUAGCUCGCCAUGGUUUGUAUUGAAUAAUGUAGUUCAACUAAUAGGUUGAUUUUUGUUCUCUGAUGUAACAGUUUUGUCAAGUACAUAUUUUCAAAUGUUUAACCAAGUAAAACAACGUGCUUUUAACGUAGUCAGACGCCACGUCAAAUGUUAAUCCUAUAGUGUCCAUCCGGAUGUUUGUUCCAAGGCUUUGUGUGAACAUGCGCACAUUCACCAUUAAAAGAUGCAAACUA